UUAAAAGACUGGGUUGAAUAAAAUAAUAUAGAGUAGUGUUCAAUCUCGGUCCACACUCCAUAUCAAACGAUGGCGGUAAUGCGUACCAGAAGGCUGCUUGCCAACCGCCAUUAAACCAAAACAAGAAGAAGAAGAAGUUUUACUUCUCGGUGUGCCGUUUUGAUGGAAAAAGCAUGUAACUGUAGCCUCGAAUAUGUAGGAAAGUAUUGACUUCAAGGACGAAAUAGUAAAGUAGGAAAUAACAUUGUUGUUUGAGACGCUGUCUUAUCUCGUCAAAUCAAAUGACACAGGUUACAUGCCAACCGUGGGGAAGUUUGCCCAAACAUGGCCAGGUGGACUUGUGGACGCUUCAGUCCCCACAUGUGCAAGUGGAGGUCCUGACAUUUGGAGCCAUCAUCAGGAGUGUGCGUUGCAAGGGGACAGACGGUCAGGUGGACGAUGUCGUCUUGGGCUUUGAUGACCUGGAGGGUUAUGUGUCAGACAAGCGGUAUUUUGGUGCUGUGGUGGGCCGUGUAGCCAACAGGGUCGCACGAGGACGCUUUGAAGUGGAUGGAAAAACAUAUCAAUUAGAUAUCAACAGUGGACCAAAUGCUCUGCAUGGAGGGCUGAAAGGCUUCAGUAAGGCUCUUUGGCUUGCGAAAGAAGUAGACAGUGGGGUAAAAAUGAGUCUUUGCAGUCCAGAUGGAGACCAAGGCUACCCUGGAGAGAUGCAGGUUUCUGUAACCUACACCCUGCAAGGCGAAAAACUGACUGCAGAGUAUCAAGCUUGGUCUUCUAAAACAACACCAAUCAACCUCACUAAUCACUCCUAUUUCAACUUGGGUGGACUGACUGCAUCAACCAUCUCUGACCAUGAAGUGUCAAUAAAUGCUCAGUUCUACUUGCCAGUAGAUGAAACAUCUAUCCCCACAGGGGAGAUAAAGGCAGUGGAUGGCUCAUCUUUUGACCUCCGACAGCCUGUUCUGAUUGGCCCUCAGCUAAAGGAAGUUCCAGGUGGAGGAUUUGACCAUAACUUUUGUCUGUCAAUGCCUGAAGACCCAUGGAGAGAGAGACACGUUGCUCGAGUUUAUCACCCAGCAAGUGGCCGUAUUCUUGAGGUGUCAACCAGCCAACCAGGAGUCCAGUUCUAUACAGCUAACGUCUUGGAUGGCUCCAUAACAGGAAAGGGUGGUGUUAAAUAUGGAAAGCACAGCGCCUUCUGUUUGGAGACUCAGAAUUGGCCAGAUGCUAUCAACCAGGCUUCCUUUCCUGAUUGUCUUCUGGGUCCAGGCGAGGAAUAUCGUCACCUGAGUUGUUUCACAUUCACUUCUGCCAAAUGAUUUUGACUCUAAAUCGCCAAUUUGUUCAACUAUUAUACUGAACUAUAUAUCUAUCGCUGUUUUAAAAUGUCAUUUAAUUUACAAAGGCAAACUAAAAUUAAGGUAGUUAUGCAUCCAUUUUCUUUAGCGGUUAUACUUAACUUGUGAGCUGGAGCCUAUCCUAGCAAACUUUGGGCGGGGAACACCCUUACUGACACACAGCAUUGACAGUAUGAACACUUAUGAACAAAUAUACAUUGUAUACAAGUAAGAGUGGACUUGAACAAAAAUUUUACCCUGGAGUUUUCGGUCUAGACAUGCCCGCUAUAAUCCACAUGUAGAUACGGUGCCAACUUGUCCCAAUGAUGGAUUUAUAGGUACCUGGAGAAAUAUCAAAGUUGACCCUGCUUCGACAACGAUGAUGAUAAUGGAGUCAAUAUCAACACUACCACGUACCAAAGGACUGCUAAACAAGAAGACCUGGAUUCAGGAGUGCAUCCGCCUACACUUAUAGAAAUUAUUGAGACAACACCAAAGAUUGUUGACCAAGAAAAUAUGGAACUAAAACACUUAUGCAACAAAGACCAUAUAUGCCAGGAUUCAGAGAAUGAUAUAGAUCCAGAUACAAUCCCACAUCAGAAAUAAUCAAUUUUUACUAUACAAAUGAACAAUAUAAUAGCAACAUUAAAUCUGCCAACAAAAUUAUUAAUCUCAACAUCAAUUAUUGACUUCAAAAGCAGAAGCUUGUAUCCAAACUACAACAUGAAGCACUUUUUAGAGCAAUUUAAUGAACCUUUCAAAAUGAUAGCUGUCACAGAAACAUGGAUUGAUGAUUAAAAAAAAAGGAAUUCAGUUAGUUUAGUUGAGUUUCAAGUUAUUUUGAAUAUACAUACGAUACAAAGUAAUGCAUCAAAUCUUUCCAGUUGUUUCAUUACAGCACGUCCGAAAAGGAGUGGGAUGAAGCAGAUCCUUUUUAUUCCUACCCCUUUUCAUAUCAUAGCAGUAUUAUCCCAUUUCCUUGUUCUCUGUUUGUAAAAAACAGUGCAUAAAUAAAAAAAUAUACCAUAAGUAAGUAAAUACAUAAAUAAUCAUCUCAUUUUUUUAAGGUUCAAGAUGUUUGUUCAUAAUUGUUUUUCUUUGUACUUUGUAAAUGCUUUUAGUUUGAACAGUUUCCUCAAGUGAAUCACAUUGGUUCUCUGUUUGAUUUCUUUGCGUAAUCUUUCCAUAAUUUUAUUCCACAUACGGAUAUGCUAAAGGUCAUAAGUGUUGUACAUGCAUACAAAUGUUUUAAAUUACAUUUUCCUCUUAAGUUUUUAUUUCUCCUCUUGUUGAGAAAAACGGUUGUACAUUCUUGGGUAGCAGGUUAUAGUUUGCUUUGUGCAUAAUUAUAGCUGAUUGCAAAUGCACCAAGUUGUUGAAUUUUUAUAUUUUUGAUUAUAUAAAUAAAGGGUUUGUAUGUUCUCUAUAUCCAA